GUUCUGCUGGUUGAAGGUUUGUCUGCUAACCUUCUCUCUGUGCGGCGACUGCAGAAGAGUAAGGCCGAAGUGACCUUUGGACCAACCAGCUGCCGUGCUAAGCUUGGGAAGAAGGUGUUGUGGAGUCUGGAAGAGGAGACCAGCUGCAUCAAGGACCUGAGAAAAGGGGGAAGUUGGAGGCUUCUGGAAGAUGGGGUGUGCACUUGGGGAUUGCAAAGGAUCACAAGGGAUGGCUGCUAUGGGACUUGACCACCCAGAAGCUGACAGUCAGACAAAGGGGAAGGACUAUGAUGAGGUGUUUGCUUCUGUGGGGAAAGGAACAACACUGAGGGUGCUGUUGGCGAUAGCUGCACUCCUGGGAUGGAAGAUACGACAGAUGGACAUUGUGACUGCCUUUCUUAAUGGGAUCAUUCUGGAGGAGGUGUACAUGAAGCAGCCAGAGGGGCUGGAUGAUGGGAGCGGCAGGUGGCACUGGGUGAGGAGAUUCCUUGAUAAGGAGGUGCGGCUGGAGAUAGUGAAGACCCAUCAGCAGGCAGCAGAUAUUUUCACCAAGCGUCUGGCGGAGGCGGAUCAUUGGAAGGGCAUGAAGCUUGCUGGGAUGAGUGUGCAUUGAGUAUGCAUGCUUGAGAUGUUGGUAUUUGUGAGGAUAGAUCUUGAGAAGAUCUUUCCGACGCAACAAGAAUCGCUUCAAUCGGAGCAAGAACGCGAAAGCUAUGAAGAUUCAAAGU